AUGUGCUCGGAGACCACUUCAACAAAGAAGAGUAAGAGAUUGAAGAAGGAAGUAGAGAGUGAGGAGGUGGACACUCCACCGGAUUUUUACUUGAAAUCUGCCAAAUACUGGAGCGGCGUGGACGCGACAGUGAAUGGGAUGCUGGGUGGCCUGACCCAGGUGCAUUGGCCCGACAUUGUUGGCUCGAGGUAUAUCCUCGCCCGCUUUGUUCCAAGCCUGCGAGAGUGUGCGUUGGACUGCGGAGCGGGCAUCGGACGCAUCACAAAGCACCUUCUGCUGCCCUACUUCACUACCGUAGAUAUGGUGGAUAUGACAGGCAAGUUCCUCGACGCCUCCUCAGCCUACAUUGGUCGGCCCAACGCGGACCGUGUUGGCAACCGAUUUUGCUGCCCGCUGCAGGACUUCACUCCGCCAGAGGGACGCUACGAUAUAAUUUGGGUGCAAUGGGUCAUCGGACAUCUGACACUGUCUGCAUCAGCCAAAUUUCUUCGACGCUGCGCGGCCGCACUGCGACCCUGCGACUCGACAGCCACAAGCACAGCCACAGUCCCAAUUCGUCGAUCAAUAAUUGUGCUGAAAGACAAUGUUUUUUCAGGUGCUAAGUCACGCUUCCGUGAGGUGGAAAGCAGCUUUGUACGAACGCAUGACGAGUUGCUGGAGGUAUUUCGAAAGGCGAAACUUCGAGUGUUACUGGAUGAGAGGCAGACAAACAUGCCAUCCUAUAUUCGUCCGAUUUAUGCCUUUGUGUUAGUUCCUCAGGCCGAGUAG